AUGAAAGCGAUGCACCAGAACUCCACACUGCAAUACAAAUUCAAUAUUUCCGACGAACUCUACAGAAAAGUAGUGGCGCGUACGAACAUUUCGUUAUCGAAUUUGGGACAUGAGGAAUGUUUCGUUUGUGGAACAUUUAGAAUUCACUGUAAAUCAACAGGACGUGAACAGAACAAUAUUUCUGAAGACUGUGAUCUGUGCUUAUCAUCCGAGAAGCAUCGAGAUGGAUAUCGGAAGGCAAGGGAGGAAUAUAAACUAGAUAGUGUUAAAAAAGACGGUUUAUAUGUUUCAGCAGAUCUUCAGAAGGUGAUUAUGCUUCCGAGGUGCGAGAUGUUUAAGGAAAUCAUAUUCAUGCCACGACUCAUUGCAUUCAAUGAAACAUUUGUGCCAUUGGAAACAUCUAAGGAAAUUCCGUACGCUUUUAUUUGGCACGAAGCUACAUCAGGGAGAUCCAAAGACGAUAUUAUUUCUACGUUUUAUAAUUUCUUAGUUGCUGUUGGAGACGUAGAAAGAGUAACCAUUUGGUUGGAUAACUGCGCAGCCCAAAAUGAAAACUAG